AUUAUAGACAAAACAUGAAGCUGAUAACUCUUUUUCGUUGGAGAUAAAUUUUGAAGCGUCGAAAAUGGCUGACGAUGGAACCGGCAAAAUCGAAAGCGCAGAACAAAGAACUGUUACUGAUAUGAAUACAUCAGAUAGUGUUGAAAAAGUUGAACAAAAAGUGAUGGAACAAGAUAUCCAGAAGGAAAAAGAAACAUCUGUACCAAGUUUGCCUGAUGAAAUAGAAUCUGAAAAGUGUUCAGAAAAAAUAUCAAAGUCUGAAUCAAAAAUAGAGGAAGAGCCGACACCUGUUGACAUUAGUACUGAUAAAACAAAAAGUAUAAAGGCUGAUGAAAUAAAGAACAAUGAUUGUUCUGAAAAGGAAUGUGAACAAGUAAUAAAAGAGCAAUCAAAAUCUCAAUUAGGCUUAUCUGAAAAUACUCAAAAAAGUGAAUCCCCUGAUCCUAUUGCUUUACAAAAAACUCCUCAUAUAGAUCAUGGUAUGGAUAUUGAGACUGCAAGUUUGAGUACUGCUGAUAAAAGCAAUAUGAACCCAGUCACAGACAGUGAUAAAAUAUCUUUGGCUGAUAAAGUUACUAUUGAUACUGGUUCAAAUCAUGAUGAAUCGGAAAAUACUGAUAGUAGAGUAAGUAGUGUUACUGUAAAAAAGGACAACCAAGAAAAGAUAAACAUUCCUGAAAUGAUUGAAUCUACUAAUGAGACCAGAUCUGAAUUAGGGCUUUUAGGGAAUGAUGACAUAAUUCAAUCUAAAGAAAGUACUGUAUGUGUAAAUGCAGAACUUACUAAAACCGCAGAAAAUGAGGAAAAGGAAAAUACUGUUGAAAAAGACAGUUCAAAAGUUGCAGAUUCACAAAAGUUGGAAGCUUCAAGUGAGAAUGACAGUCCAUGUACUACUUUUCAAAAAGAUGAAAGUGAGACCGACAGUCCAUGUAUUAUUUCCCAAAAGGAAAAGUCUGAUAGUAACUUAAAGGAUUUAGAAAAAGGCACACACAAUUACCCUGAAUCUUACAAUAUUAGUGAAAAUACAAAGGAACAAGCUAUUGUAGCAGACAAACCUGAAGAUGACAUUUCUAGUGUUCAAAAUAAAGCCCUAAAUAUAACUCAAUCUGAUGUACAAAUGUCACCAACUUGUUCUAGUAAAAAUGUAGAACAAGAUUUAUCAAGUACUUCUGGUUCCUUUAAUGACCAAACUUCUAAUUCUGGUUCCGUUAAUGACCAAACUUCUAACUCUGGUUCCGUUAAUGACCAAACUUCUAACUCUGGUUCCGUUAAUGACCAAACUUCUAAUUCUGGUUCCGUUAAUGACCAAACGCCUGACAAGAUUACUGUAAAAGAUGUUCAAAAUGAAUCCUUGGAAAAUAAAUCUAAUUUGAAAAACCCAGAUAUGUCUAACAAAGACGGAGAAGAAUCUGAAAUGGAAAUAGAUAAAAUUGUGUUCAAACCAUCUGAAAGUACAUCUUCAAAUCAAGGUGAAAAAGAUGAAGUUGAGUUGAAUCAAUUAGAAACCCAAUCUUCGGAUCCUGAAGAAAUAGAGAAAAUGGAGUUGAAACAAUCAGAAACUCAAUCGUUAGAUCAAGAUUCAAAUGCUAAAGAUCUUCAGUCUGACAUAUCAGAUGAUGAAGACAGCAGAAAUGAAACAGAAAACAAUGGAGAAAAAAAUCUGAGUACAAGGACUGAGUAUGAUUCAUUUCUGUUCUCAGAAGAUUCGUCAUCAACUUUCAUGCCAGAAAGAAAAGUUAAUGGUAUGGAAGUAGAUGCUGCACUGAUAUCAGAGUCUAGUUGUUCAGAAUAUCCACCAAGCCUUGAUACACCAGGGCCACCCACACCAGCUUCUUGUACCGUUGAUACUGGAUCCACAGGGCCGACUCCCGCUAAAAGAUCUAGACAGGGAAGUACAGAUACACUGCGCUAUAAACAUCCAGUUUUUCCUGCCAGUAAACUGUUUGAAUACCAGUGGUCACAUGAUGGUGCAGUAGCUGAUUGGUUCUUUUUACAAGAACAACUUAGUGAAUUUUUAGAUGUCAAAUCAUUUAGAAGAAAAUUUCCAGAGCUAACAAGGAGACCAGUGGAUAUGAAAGAAAGAGAAUAUCUGAGAGACAGAUUGGUUGUCACUGAAACACAAUGUGAUUUAGGUUUGACUGCUGUAAGAAGUGAAGAAGUCUUAGAUAUGAUGGCAAGGGACUAUCCAGAAAAAUAUAGACAAUAUAGUGAAGUCAUUCAUGAGAGAGAAAAACAGAAGAAGAUAGAUAAACAUAAAGAAUAUGAAGUGCCAAAAUUGGAGAAAGACAAAAUGAAACUAUACAUGCAGAAAGCUAUGAGGUCAGCCUCAGAAUGGAAUGCUGGUUUUAUUAAAGAAAGGAAGACAGAAAGGAGAGCUUAUUUUGAUCAACAAACCUUUAAUAUCCACUUUCCUCUGAAUAGAUAUAAAAAGUUGUUACCUGAAGAUACAAAAGUCAGUACAUAUCCAGUGGCUUUACUUCCAGGACAGUUCCAAGCAAGUUUCAAACAUUACUCUGGAGAUGAAUUGAAAUAUUUCCCAUUAAACACAGCAUUAUAUGAUCCCCCAAAGACUAUCAAUCACAUGUUAUCUAGUCCUACAUCACAAGAAGCUGCAUCAGAAGAAGAUGGAGAUGGUAAAUCAGGUUCCGACUCAGACAGUGACGAUGACAGCUCUAGUAGUUCUGAAGGUAGCAGUGAGGCAGAGGGAGAGCAAGAAAAGAAGGAAGAGCCAGCAGAAACAGGAUGUAGAGUUUGUAAUUUAGAAGCAGAAGAAGAAUCAGGAACAAAAGAACUUGUUCAGUGUUCAGAAUGUGCCAGACAUGGUCACCCUGCCUGUUUAGAUAUUACAUAUGACAUGGUGGCAGUUAUAAAAACUUACCCUUGGCAAUGUAUGGAAUGUAAAACAUGUGUGGAAUGUAUGGAUCCUUUUGACGAGGAUAAGAUGAUGUUCUGUGACAAAUGUGAUAGAGGCUAUCAUACAUUCUGUGUUGGACUCAAGUCAAUACCAAAUGGUCCAUGGAAAUGUCAAAGUUGUAAAGGACCAGAAACACCCAAAACACCAAAGUCUGCUUCAAAGAGAGGAAGAGGCAGAGGUAGAGGACGUGGUAGAGGCUCAGGAAGAGGACCUGGUAGACCUCCCAAGAAUUUACAGAAUUCCCCAAAACCAACAAAAUCUCCAAAACGUGCAAAUUCUCCCCAGCCAGCAAGUUCUCCUAAACCAGCAAGUUCUCCUAAACCAGCUGAUACCAGUGUAAAUAGUGAAUCUAGUACAGCAGAAAGUUCUCCACCUCCUACAGAUUCACAGGAAGAAACAAGCUAAUUGACAUGUUCUUAAGACUACAUAGACUAUAUUUACAGUAAACAAUGUUUAUUGUUGUUUCCAUAAUUUGUCGUCAAUAUGCCAUUGUUGUAUGCAUUGUUUGAACUUAAAAAUUAUGAUGAAACUUAGAUUUAAGAUUGCAUUGAAAUUUACAUCUACUGAAUUGUUUACUUGUUGAUUUAAUUGUUUUGAUGCUAUAAUCAAUCCAAUACAGUUUUUUAAGGUAUGGCAAAGAUAUUGUUAGAUAAGGAUAUAACAUUACUUUUUGAAAACGAACUCAUAAAUUCAAGUCAAAUGAAUUUUGCAUUAAGUAAGGGAUUUUGUUAGGAUAAUUUUUUAAUUUUAAAAAGAUAGUAUUUACUCCAGGAGCUAACAAGUUUUUCUAUAUAUCUUUAUAUCAUGAAAUAUGUAGGAUGUAUAGUGUCUGACAAACAGUUAAUUUACAGGACAAUACAAUACUUUUCUCUAAUGAAAAUUCAGACUGAUAAGGAUGUGUGUGGAGGGUUCCUUUUGUCUUGUUAUUCAAUUAAUGUUAGGUAUUUCACCCCAGUAUGUUUGUCAAA